ACCACGUGUGGUAUAAACAGAUUGUUAAUCAACAGCUGUAAUGAUUAACUGAUGGUCUGAGAGUUGAAUAACACAGGGUAUUGUGGUAGAAAUAUGUAUAGUGACCAGCACUUGCAUAAACUGGCGACGUUGCAUGAUUGUAUAAUACAGAAUAAUGGUUUUUAAGAAACAGCAGAAAUGCAAGCUACCCGAGUAUUCUUUUUUUUUUUAGAUUUAUCUCCCUUUGAUUAAUAGCUUUAUCUGGAGCUGCAUAUAAUAUAAAAAGGCCAUUGAAAGUAGCUUUUAUUAAUUAUUGAAUUCAUGGCAUGUACAAAUAUAUAUGGCAAGUAAUGAAUAGAGUAAUAAGAAAAUAAAGGAUUUCCCCCCUUAUUGGUAGCUACAUUUAAUACAGCUUUCACACUCAUUUUCACACGUUUGCUGAAUGCAUACUAUAUAUACGGAUACAAAUAAGUUGUGUAUUUUUAGUUUGAGAAAAAAAAUUAUUUUCUAUGGACCAUUUAUUUUCAAACUUAUUGUACUCUUAUUUUUAAAAAUCACUUAUUCUAUUUUCAGGUAAACAUAAUUUCUAUCACUUUAUAGUCGCAUAAUGGCCGCAAUAAGACCCUUUCUUUAAUCUCGAAAAUAUGUAAAACUCAAUUAUGGUAAAAACUGUAGUAAGUUUCUAAUAACAUUAGUCCCUGGAUAAAACAUAUCGAAUGCUUGAUACACACUACAUAGUUUCAGGCAUAUCAUUUCAUAGGAAUGUGAAGACGACAUGACUGUAGACUGUAAAAAAAGCUGUUUAAAUAAAAAAGCGUUUUACUAUUAUGUCAUAUACCCUUCAUUUGGGUGUAAACGGCCUUUACAAACUUGACUUUGUGUAUAGAAUUACAGACAUAAGCCAUCACGUUUAGUUACACGUGGCACACCAUGUCGAUAUCUACACUAGGCAUUACGUUGAGUAAUGGCAUCCAAAUGCCGAUGUUCGGGCUGGGAACAUGGCAGGUAGGUGGAUUUCUUAUGAAAAUUAUAUGUCCCUAAAAUACCGGUAAGCGAAAUUGGCAUAAUUCAAUUUAUUUUAUAACAGGUAUCAGGUUGGAAAGUACAUUGACGGGUUGUAGACACAUGACUAUACAGACAAACAUAGCCGGUAGGUGGGAAUUGGUGUGGAUGCAGUAAACAGUCUGUUUUCAGAUCACUAAGAUACAAAAUGUAACUACCAUAUUGAUAUGAGCUCAGUACAUACUAUUAAACUGUCCUGUAUUGAAAUGAUCUGUAUAUAUCUGGGAUUGAACAAAGGACAACAUAUCAGAGCACUAAGUUACACAUUUAGAAAAUGAUAGAUAUAUUAGAGCCAAAAAUAAAUUCGUAAACUGCACCAUACAGUUGUUUUGUCCCUUUAGACUCGUCAAUGAUGAUAGGGGCUUAAAAUGUUGGUAUUAGACAUUUCUCAUUUUAAAGUAGACCAAGAGAAGAGUGCAGAGACGGAGACCUCUAACGUCCAAAACAGGAGUCAUAAAAAUGUUUAUUGACGCGGUAUUGUAUAGAGAACCCAUACACCUGGGCCAAACUACAGGUACAAUCACAGGUAACAUAAUAGGGAGAGACGCCACCUAUCGCCACACGACAUUUAGACUUCAGCCUUUGUGUUUUUCAAGCAGGUUUCAUUGAGUUUAGGUAUUUACCUUGAAUUAUAGCUUUUGAAUAAUAUUGACUGUACCGUCAGUGAGAGGCAGUAUCCAUCAAUCUGUAGCUACAAAAUUACCGGUGAGGUUGUCACUUAUCACACAGUCAGGAUACAAAUUGGAGAGCCGAAGACAUAUGAAUAUUGAAAAACUCAGAAUACAAAUCGUUAAAAUAAUAGCUGUAUAAAAAGUACUGUUUUGACCAUGCGACAUCUGUAUUAAUUUGAAUAUAAGUUUUAACAAAUAAAUGUCAGAAUCAGAAAAAUAACCUUUUGUAAUAUUAGAAUGGUAUCGCAAUUGCCGAUUGUCAAAUUAGCUGGCCUGACGUUUCCCUAUAAACAAUGCCUUAGACACCCUACUGUUUCAUUCUAUACCCAUCUGGUUAGGCGCCAUUAUAUUUUUAAUACUCGACAUCAUAUAAUAAAAUCUACCUGUAUCUUGUUUGAAUAUAUUUACUUGCUCAAGAGUAACUCCGAGGAGGUGAAGACGGCCGUCCGGAUCGCUUUGGAUGCUGGUUAUCGCCUCUUUGACACUGCGUUCAACUAUCAAAACGAGGACGCAAUAGGCGAAGUCCUCAACGAUUAUCUUAAGGCAAACAAAAUCAAAAGGGAGGACCUGUUUAUAUCGACAAAGCUAGGAAGCGUCCUUACUCGACCGACAGACGUCCAAUACUCCAUUUCAGAAAGUCUUAGAAAACUUCACCUCUCCUACGUUGAUCUUUUCCUGAUACACUUCCCUGUGGUGCUAAAGAAACAAAACGACCCUAGUAAUAUUCUUCCUAUGAUAGACGGUCAGUUUGACAAUAAUGGCGUAGUUGACUUUGAAGGUGUCUGGAAGGAGAUGGAAAAACUCUUUGACAAAGGGAAAGCGAGGAGCAUUGGUGUAUCAAACUUUAAUGCUGCACAAGUGGAACGCAUCAUGAACAUCGCACGUGUAAAACCAGUAGUGAAUCAGGGUACCAGGUGAGUCCCCGCCACCCAUAUUGUUAGAGGAUCCCGUCAUAGUCAAACUAGCAACACAGUAUCAGAAGAGUCCGGCUCAGAUUUUGAUAAGGAAUUUGCUCCAAAGAAACUUGAUAGUCAUCCCCAAGAGCAUAACGCCGAGUAGGAUACAGGAAAACGGAGACGUAUUUGAUUUCAACAUUUCACCGGAAGAUAUGGCCGCCAUUGCAGACAUUGAUAAAGACACUCGAAUGUUCAAAUUUCACAUAAUGCUCCAUGCUCCCGAUUACCCAUUCAACAGUCCCGUAUAGGUGUCUGAAUAGGGACAUUCUCAGCCUCAUUAGUAUAUAUACAGUUAUGUCAUACUGUGUUUAUCCGAGCAACGACGCAUGUUACGUUCAUUAAUAAAAACCAAAAUCACAAUUUUGUUCUAUAUUACCUUUCCAUGAUAUCACUCUCAAUGUGCAAGCUAAAUUGGUAGGA